GAGCGAACGAUGAACAGAGACGGGGAGCGGAAGAGAGAGAGAGACGGAGAGGGAGUACAGAGGGAUAUAUUGACUCAAAGCUGGGCUGCAUGCUUCAUAGUGUGUGAGACAGAGGACGUGAGAAGAGAAGGCAAGAUGGAGCGCCGGCACAGAUGAAGAUUGUCCCUGGUCCUGUUUGACAGUCCACAUGAGUGUCUCCAAGCCCCCGCCGCCGCCCUCCAGCUCCCACCUGGCCCUGCCCCCCUCCUCCACCUCCACCCCCUCCUCCUCCGCCUCCUCCCCGUCGGCGACCCCCCACUCCACCGCUCUGCCCCCUCCCUCGCCGGUCAAGAUCUCUAUGCAGGAGCACUUUGCCAUUAACGUCUGCCCGGGGCCCAUCCUCCCCAUCCCACAGAUCUCAGACUUCUUCCCCCGUUUCCACGACUACCCCUGCACGCCGCCGCCGCCCAGGGAGAAGAAGAUCCUGAAAGAGGAGACUUUCAACGGGGAGACGGGCGGAGGGUUCAAGGAUGGGGAGAGGAGUGGGGACGUCGAUGGAGACAGGGAGGAGGUGAUCGACUCUGAUGACGAUGACACCUACCUAGGAACGCUGGAGUUCAACCUGCUCUUUGAUCAAGACAACAACUGUCUCCAUUGCACCAUUCACAAGGCGAAGGGACUGAAAGCCAUGGACUCCAAUGGGCUGGCCGAUCCAUACGUCAAGCUUCAUCUUCUCCCCGGCGCUAGCAAGGCCAACAAGCUACGCACAAAAACCCUGAAGAAUACGCUGAAUCCGGUGUGGAACGAAACGCUGGUGUAUCACGGCAUCACAGCGGCCGACAUGACCACCAAAACGCUCAGACUAUGUGUAUGUGACAUGGACAGGCUCGGACGAAAUGAAUUCAUCGGAGAGGUGAGAGUGGCUCUGAAGAAGCUGAGAGAGGGCGAGAACAAGCGCUACAAUAUGGGCCUGGAGAGAAUUGCACAGAAUAAAGAAGCCAACAAUCAAACAGAGGCCCAGGGAGCCGUCGUGGCGGAGGAGGAGCGUGGCCGCAUCCUGGUGUCGCUGUGCUAUAACACAGAGAAGAGCUGCCUGCUGGUUGGGAUCAUACGCUGCGCCCAUCUGGCCGCCAUGGACUCCAACGGCUACUCUGACCCUUUCGUCAAAAUCAUUUUGCAGCCAGAUAUGGGGAAAAAGUCCAAGUACAAGACGACAGUGAAGAAAAAGACUCUCAAUCCUGAAUUCAAUGAGGAGUUUUCAUAUGAAGUACCUUUGGACCAGCUGGCAAAGAAAACCCUGGAGAUCUCUGUGUGGGACUACGACUUGGGAAUGAGCAACGACUUCAUAGGUGGAGUGGAGCUGGGUAUCAACGCCAGCGGACAGAGACUCAAACACUGGUUCGAGUGUCUCAAAAACAAGGGGAAGAAAGUCGAGUACUGGCACACGCUCACGCAGCAAGGAGCCCCAACUAGUGACAAACCGGACUAGAUCACACAAGACAUUUUACGCACACAUAUACACACACAAAUGCACUAACACACACGUAUUCGUCUCACCGAGCGAUGGUUGAUAACCGAGUCCAAGCAAAGCAGUAAUGAGAACAAAGGAUUAAACAUGCAAUAACAAUAAUGUUGAAAAUCUGUCAUAUAAUGCCAGUAAAUACAGCACAAAGUAUUAGUAUAUGACAUUCAUACUAAUAUUAGUGGCGGUAAUAAGGUGUAAUCUGAUUACGUUUUUUUAUUUAGAUUUUUUUCCCAGGUGAACCAAAUUGUGACGAUGUCCUCAUUAAGUGUUGACGUAACAAAACAAUACUCACAAAACUGUGCUUUAGAGCUUAAUGUAUUGUGGACGUUGCUCAUGUUCAUUCAAAUUUACACUUAACGACACAGAUUUGAGACUAAUGUAGUCAGAGUUCAUUCAGUGAAAGUGCCCGGCAGCACGUGCACCCUUGUGACUCAUAAUGUGGUACAUAGUGACAAGAGUGAGAAAAAAAAAAGAAAAAAAAAAAAGAAACAAAUAAGACAAAUAGAAAAGAAUGAUUCCGUCCUGAGAAAAAGUCUCUAUCUUAGCAGUCGGUCUGAUGCAAAAUGACACCGUAUUAUAAAGCACAAAAUGAUCCAUUUGGUGGAUUCGUACCUUUACCUUUUCAGUGUUUCUUGUUCUUCUGUCUUUUCAUUGCCUGUCAGUGACAGUGGUGAUCUAUCCACCUUCAUAUCAGACUGUAAUGUGUCUGCAUCUGUGUGUGUGUUUGUGUUGCGUGCAUGAGGGCUAUGAGAAUAUGAGUGCCUACAUUUUCAGUCUGUGCAAUGUGUGUCUAUCUGUAUUCACCUCGAGCCCCGUUCAAAAUGUCUCCAUCUGACUUCGGAAGCACAGAGGUGUGGAGAAAUAUUAAUAAAGGACAAAGAAAGACGCACACGAGAGAGAGAAAAUCUCUGGUGCCGCCUCAGGCCUCAGUGUUGUACGUGAUCCUGGCUGGACACUGACAAGAUGUCUGUCACGUGUGUCAGGCCUAAACCCCCCCCCCGUCUCUCGUUUACCAGACAGUCGUAGAGCGCCUCUAAGAAGGGAAGCACCUCGAUACAUAACCUCCGACUGCUCCCUUUGACUUUCCUGAUGAAAAGCCUGAAGUCGCGUCUGCUGCAGGCAGUGAGGAUAUUGCUUUUGGAGGUGCCGCUUGUACUUCCACAGAUUUCAAAUGGAUUCGGGAGUGAACACUUUCUGACGCAGAUGAUGCAACGUUUCCUUCCUGCGGGGCAAGUUCACACAUUUUAAAAAUACGGGACUUGCACUGGUUGGUCCGGUUGUCUUAAUUUAUGCCAACACACUGCCCAGUGCUCGAAAGAUUCACCAUAACUCACAUUAAAUGCCCUCAGACGCUCUCUUGAUGACGAUCUAGAGAUAUAGAAAAGAAAUUUGCCUGAAAUUUACAUAAACCAUCAGAGGGAGACAGCGCUCUAUUCAUCCCGCACUGAAGACCUAUUAAAUAUCAGGUCUGCCGGCGUAUAUUUCAUCCUCAGUAGAAUGAGGGACGACCACGUCCACUGUCUUUCAACACAAAGGACUUUCUGCUGAGAUAAUCUGUGCAGUUAGCAGAAAUGCAUACAUCGAGAAUAGAGUGUGAUUCAACACACUGAGAAAGUACACUGUCCUAAAACAAAACUAAAACAAAGACAGCUGAAUUUCCUUGAAGACAAUUUUCUCCUCAUCCAAAAUGUUUGAAUCAGAAGAUGUUGUUCAAGAAAGUCCAGUCUCCCUUGUUAUCGACACGUAUCAACCUACCAUGUGUGUUAGGUGUCUCUAUGCACAUUUCUGCAUACUGGUGGUGUUUAAUUGUCGCUCAGUUGUCUAAAUUCCUCCCCCCCUCCCUAGUGUAUCAAAUGUGGCCCCCUCUGCCCUGGUUCAUCUGUCAAGAACAUGUCUGACAGCACACCCGUUCACUAAAGCGCACCCACCAUCGGUCAGUGGCCUCCGGGAGUUUUCUAACUGUUGAAUCGAUCCGGCUGCUCAUAUUCUUGCCGUCCUUCGGCAACCUUGUGUGAUGUGUGAUUGCUGCAAAAGAUGGAUCCCUCAGUGGUGGAUUAAAAAGAAGAAGAAUAACAUUUAAGAAAAAAAAAAAAAAAGGGCUUGGACAUUAUAAAUGCUAGGAACUAACACGGUUUUGGUUACAGGGGGAGGGUUGGGAGAGAGAGGAUGGUGGGUUUAUUCUGUACUUCUCUAUGCACAUCAGAACUCCCAGCACGUCAGCAGUGAGAUAAUCAAACCAGACGUGAUCACGGUAUCCAGGCAUGAAAAGAUAUGUUUCUGGGAAAGCUCAGUCCUUUGUUUGUGGCUACGCCGGGUGACGGUGAUCAAACAGAGAUCACAUCUGUGUCUGGCUGGUUGCUUAUUCCUGUUCUCUGGAUCUGUUGGUUUUGUUUACAGCCUCAGAAUUUUUCUGACUCGUCUAUUGACCCCGCUUUGCUUAUGUAAUCAUUUUUAUCUGCAAUACAGCUGCAUGUUUAGCAAUUGCCAUCAGCUUGUAUAAUAGAGUGCAACCUUAGCUGAUCAUUCUGAAUGCCAAUGUGUUUACAGUCCAUUCGGUCUCUUACCAGUCCGUGUGCGUGUUUGUUUGUUUGUGAAUACGAUGAUUCAGGGUAUUUUUUGCUCAGUUGCUGUGCUUUACCAGGCGAGCUAUUGCUUUAACCGACAAAACCUUUACUGUCAUUGACUUUGACACUUGUCUUCCUUAAAUUGAUAUCAGUGGUAAAGAUGCAUGAGCGGCUGAGGUGGGAGCGAGGAGGGAAUUCACCAUUGCAGUCCCUUCCCCGUGUAGUCACUGUCAAUGUCAAUCGCACAGUAUGGCUGCCAUCCUGUGGUGGGUUUGUGUAAAAACUUGGCAAAAAUAAACUGAAGCUGUUUCA